CUAGCGGAGAUGCAGAGCACGUAACAGUGCUCGGGAAGCCUUGAAAAAAACGGCUCAGCACCUAAUUUUGCUCCUGCCUAGCAGACCGUUCCAACAUUAGCUGAUCUCAGGCUCUCAACAGGCAGGGACGGGAGUUCCCUGAGCGGGUAGUAGCAUUUCACUCAUCUCAGCUGCUGGGCUGUUCCCCAGUAAAUAAUUACACGCUCUCACAACCGUGACAAGCCGCGAAACCGAACUUCUUGAAGCCGAACUCAACCCCACCCAACCUACCGAACCCGGAUCUGCAGCCAGACUUGCCCAAGGUACCGUGCGCCCCACGCACGUUCAACGACCGAUCCCCAAACCCAAUCGCGGCAGUACCUCAUUUUUUUGUUUCGACCCGCCCGCCCCCCUCCCCCAAUUAAAAAAAAUCAAGAAGAGAAAUGGCACAAACCCACGCGCCACCGCCGGCGUUCCAGACCGCGCUGGUCGCCGGCGCGCUGGCCGGCACGACGGUCGACCUCUCGCUGUUCCCGCUCGACACACUCAAGACGCGGCUGCAGUCGUCGCAGGGCUUCUUCGCGGCGGGCGGGUUCCGCGGCAUCUACCGGGGGCUGGGGUCGGCGGUGGUGGGGAGCGCGCCGGGGGCGGCCUUCUUCUUCUACACGUACGAGGCGACCAAGGCGGCCGUGCUGGGGCCGUCGCCCACUGUGUCGCCCGUCGUCGGCCACAUGCUCGCGGCGUCGCUGGGCGAGGUGGCCGCGUGCGCCGUGCGUGUGCCCACAGAGGUGGUCAAGCAGCGCGCCCAGGCCGGCCAGCACGGCGGGUCGUCGGGCGCCGCGCUGCGGGCCAUCCUGACGCUGCGCGCGACGCCGGCGGGCCUGGCCGGCGUGUGGCGCGAGCUGUACCGCGGCUGGGGCAUCACGGUGAUGCGCGAGGUGCCGUUCACGGUGCUGCAGUUCCCACUGUGGGAGGCGCUCAAGGCGUGGGGGAGGGAGCGGCGCGAGCGGACGGGGCGCGGGCUACUGGGCGACGUGGGCGCGGCCGAGUCGGCGCUGUACGGCAGUCUGGCGGGAGCCGUGGCGGCGGGCGUGACGACGCCGCUCGAUGUGCUCAAGACGCGCGUCAUGCUGAGCGCGCAACGCGAGAGCCUCGCCACCAUUGUGCGCACCAUCGUGCGCGACCACGGCGUGCGCCCCUUCUUCGCCGGCAUUGGGCCCCGCGUCAUGUGGAUCAGCAUCGGCGGCGCAAUCUUCCUCGGGAGCUACCAGUGGGCUGUCAACACACUGGAGCCCAGGAGGCGGUCUAUAUGA